ACAGCGGUGCCCCUGCAGUUUGCCCUGUAUGAACUCGGCCGUAACCCAGAGGUGCAGGAGACCAUCAGGGAGCAGGUGAAGGCAUCUUGGGCGCAGGCCGAAGGCAAUCCUCAGAAAGCUCUGCAGGGGGUGCCGCUCCUGAAAGCCACAACCAAGGAGAUCCUAAGAUUAUACCCAGUGGGAAUAGCAGUGCAGCGUUAUCCAGUCAGAGAUAUUAUUCUUCAGAACUACCACAUACCCGCUGGGACCAUGGUCCAAGCGUGCCUGUACCCCUUAGGAAGGAGCCGGGAAGUGUUUGAGGAUCCGCAGCGUUUUGACCCCAGCCGUUGGAGGAGCAGGCAGGCGCCGGGAGGGGGAGGAGGUGCAAGAGAAGGAGAGGAGAGCGCGUUUCGCUCCAUUGCCUUCGGCUUCGGGGCGAGGCAGUGCAUCGGCAGGAGGAUCGCCGAGAACGAGAUGCAGCUCUUACUGAUGCACAUCCUGCUGAGUUUCCGUCUCAGCGUGUCAUCCUGUGAGGACAUCGACACCACAUACAGGUUCAUCCUCCAGCCGGAGACUCCGCCACGCAUCACCUUCAGCGAGCUUUGACCCCCCCUCCCCUCCCC